GUUAGGAGUAAACAUGGCGCUGUGCAUGAGGAGGAGUGCAGAGAUGAUAAAGUCGUGUUGGAGAUUAAACUCGUUUCUAAAUUCACCUGUUAAUCAAAUCACACGAUGCACAGUUCCUCACCUUAUCUGUCGGAGAGAGAAGAGCGUUGUCUACCCCUCCAGCUACGUUCCAGAGACGUCGUUAUCCAGACCGCCGUGGCCUGAAUUACCGCCGUAUAACCGAGAGGAAGAGGAGACGCAGCACCGUGCCGUGGUACAGAAGGUGAACACGAUGCUGGAGCAGAAAGAAUACGGACGCCUGUUCGCGGUCGUUCACUUUGCCAGCCGUCAGUGGAAAGUAACGAACGAGGAUCUGAUCCAGAUCGAGAAUCACAUGGAGGCCGAGUGUGGAGAUCGGAUCCUGCUGGAGAAGGUGCUGCUGGUGGGAGGAGAAGAAUUCACACUUAUUGGGAAACCUUUACUGAGUCGCGACCUGGUCCGAGUCGAGGCCACCGUCAUCGAGAAGACCGAGUCCUGGCCCAUGGCGCACAUGGUUUUCUGGAAGAGGCACAGUUUCCAGAGGAAGAGAAUGAUCGUGCAGCCACAGACGGUGCUUCGGAUCAACAGUAUCGAGGUGUCGCCCACGCUGACCUGCCCCGCCCCGCCCGCCCGCUCUCCUGAAUGAAGUGUGUUCUCUGUAGCCUGAAUUUUUGUGACCUGGUGUUUGAGUGUAAUAAAGUGUGAACAAUACGAG